CCCCUACUGGCGCAUUUCAACAGUGAAGCAGGCAGAAUGUCGGACGAUGCGCAGGAUGAGAUCAGUUUGGCAAAGUUGCUUGGUAGGACACUGCUACGCUCCGAUGCCGUGCUCGAAGCACCGUCGCCAACAUCACCGCCCGUUCAGGCCAAGCUCCUGAGCGUCCUGGCUGAUCUGCGGCUGUGUCGUUCUCUUGUUGAUCAUCUGGGCGUGCUGUCGCCUAACGAAACGCUCGAGGAUCUGUCGACUGCCACGCUCAGAGUGCUCCUCCUGCCUGCCUACCAAGCUCGACUGACCCCUCUGCUCAAGUCGCCUUCCUCCAUCGAGCGACAAACACAUCUCAGCCAAGCAAAGGCUUACGCGCUCGAAUUUCUCGACUGCUUAGAGCGCUACCAGAUCAUUGCAGAGGACAAGCGAGAUGUGCUCGUUGGACCUUCUGCCCGCCACGGUGCAGAUCCCGCAGCAAAGCGGAAUGCAAAGCUUGCGCAGUACAGGAUGGAACGACAAGUGGCAGCUGUGCUGGCCGAGCUCGCCGAGCGCAGGUCGAAAGCACGCCUGUCACUUCGAGGCAGUCAGGCACCUGUAGCUUCGUCUUCCAAAACCCUCGCUGAUGCACAAGAUGACGAUGAAGACCGGUACGGUUUCUCAGCAUCUGGCGACGACGCACAAGAAGACGACGAUGUGCUGCGAUCGACCAUGAUCAACUUGUUGACUCUACACUGCAUCAAGGUACAUGGCGAGCUGGCCUCCAUCGCACUAGAAUCAGAACUGCUCGCGUCUCAGCCUGCCAUGGUCGACCUGCCAUCCAGUACCCGCGACGGACGACAGGAUGCGAGAGCAUCGCAUUCGAGGCGUGAUGAUGCCUCGACUUGGCGACUGGACGAUCUCGGCCAUCGCCGGUCAGACUGGACGACCGGUCCCGUCUUGUCCUCAAGUGGCAAGGUGCUUCGGCCAUUCACUAUCUUGCCAUCGACGAAGCAAGGCGGUCCUCAGUCAGCUCUUGAAACGCGUCUUCGUCUGCAGGCCGAAGUCUUUCAGCCUGACCACCGGUUGCCGACAAUGUCGAUUGACGAGUUCCUCGAGAUUGAGCAAGCAGAGGGCAGGAUCAUCUCCGGCGGAGGCCAAGCGUCUGCAGAACGAGAGACGACGAGCGAGAGGACGCAGAGGAUAGAGGAAGGCGACAAUGCUGCGGGCUAUGCUGAGAAUGAGCGUCAUGUCCGCGAACAACGCGAGUGGGAUCUCUACACUGAUGACCACAGACGCGGCGAAGGCAAUCGUCAUAAUCGUGGCUGAUCACGUCAAUGCAUGCCUUAGCUGGGGUGGUGGCCAUCCUGUUCUUUCCCGCG